ACCAGUCGCUGCCUCCCAAAUCUGGCAGGAGUUGGUUUGGAAGCUCUGUGCCUGUCAAACCUCAACGGUCCAGCUCCGGAAGAGACAGACAAGUUUCCAGCACCAUCCAGGUGGCCUGGUGAUCCCCAGACUACACAGGUCCAGCUGCUGUGAGCCCAGGACUUGGCCUCCCGGCGCACUGCGUUUCCAAUGGCCAGCAGCCCCUGGCAGAAGAAGCGGAGGAAAGUCCCCAAUGACAGCAGGCGACCCACGGCAGGAGCCGGAGGUCCCCUGCGCCUCCGAGACUGGCUGGUGGCACAGAUCGAGAGUGGGCGCUACCCGGGGUUGCACUGGGAAGACGCGGGCAAGACCCUCUUCCGCAUCCCCUGGAAGCACGUAGCCAAGCAGGGCUACCAGGCACAGCAGGAUGCAGCGCUCUUCAGGGCCUGGGCCGUGCACAAGGGCAAGCACCUGGAGGGCACCGACAGGGAGGACCCCUCCACCUGGAAGACGCGGCUCCGCUGUGCCCUGAACAAGAGCGCCGACUUCCGUGAGGUGCGCGAGCGCAGGCAGCUGGACAUCUCCAACCCCUACAAGGUCUACAGGAUUGUGUCUGGUGAUGCCCGUGGCCCAGUUGCCAAGGCCUGUGCUCCCCCUGAAGAGGGGGGCAUUCCCUCCAGCCAGCAGGAGCCCCCUGGGGAAGUGACUGAGCCCGCCUGUGGGACAGACCAGGAUGGCUCCAGAUUAGCCACAGAGGAUGGGGACAAGGAGCAGCCCCCCAGGUUGGCCCAGGAGGGCUUGUUGCCACCAGCCACCCUUCUCCCAGGCCCUUUGGCUGACCACAGGUACCAGGCAUGGGACCCCAAACACCCCUGGAGUGUGAUGCCCUCUCAGGACUCCAGCAACCCGGGCUGCUGGCUGCACGUGCGGGUCUUCUACGGCGCGGCGCUGGUGCGGGAAGCCACCGCGCGCACCGCCGAGGGCUGCCGUCUGAGCCCGAAGGCGGCUGCCGCCACCGCCGCCGCCGAGCGCCUGCGGGGGCCACCCCCACGCGUCGCGCAAGUCCGCUUCCCGGAGCCGCCGCCUGGCGCCCACGUGCUGCAGCGCCUGAUGCGCCACCUAGAGCGCGGCGUGCUGCUGUGGGUGGCGCCCGAGGGCGUGUUCGCCAAGCGCCUGUGCCAGGGCCGCGUGUACUGGCGUGGCCCGCUCGCCCCGCACCGCGCGCAGCCCAACAAGCUGGAGCGCGAGCAAACCUGCCAGCUGCUCGACACGCGCCGCUUCCUGGAGGAACUGCGCGCCCAUCUGCAGGAUGGGCACCCGGAGCCAGAGUACCAGAUCCGUCUGUGCUUUGGCGAGGAGUACCCUGGCCCCCCGGACCAACCCGAAGAGCGGCUCGUCAUGGCGCACGUGGAGCCGGUCUUCGCCCGCGAGCUCCUCCUGCGCUGGAAGCGCCUGAGCCUGGCGUCCCCAACGACGUCACCCACCUUCUGACGCCGCUAAGUCAGCCCUAUGCGGGUCGCUUCCUCCUCUCAAGGCAGCCCCCUACAAGGUGCGGACCUCUACCCCUAACCCAGCCGUGCACGCACUGAGC